CGCGAGCUUUACCGCAGCCAGGGAGGGUUCAGCUGCUGCAGGGAGAGAGUGAAGGAAGAGGAGGAGGAGGGAAGAAGGAGGCAGCGAUGAUGAAUAACAGGGAGGUGCCCAAAGUGCAGUCUCUGUGCUCCAUCCACGACUUCAAGGACCUUAAGCCUUGGUACAGAAAGAGACUGCCUUCCAAAUACUUCAGAAGUUGCAAAAAAGGUCUAAAAUUCCCAGAUGCUCUCAACAGCCAGCGGUGGAUCUUCCUCAAAAGUGGUGUGGAUGACUUCGGGAAAGGCGGUGCCCCUUCCUAUAAGGACAUCAUGACUCAUCGGCCAAAAGAGCCCCUUUUCCCCCUCAUUUGCCACAAAAAAGAUCUCACUGUCCAGAAGAAGCAGCCAAAGGCGAUGGCGAUCUCAGAGUUAUUUUCAAGGCUCUCCCAGACCCAGAAAAUUCAUAAGGAGAACGCGGACAAGAUCGAGUAUUUCCUGGCCCAGCAUCCUCUGGCUCUCUACCCCAACUUGGAAGAAAGUUUGCCUCUAGAGCUUCUUGAGCAGGUUUUGAAAGUCCUUGAUCCAGAAAAGUGUUUGGAGGAUGAAUGGGCGUACUGUCAAGAUGGCAGAGAGCUCAAGAGAAAACCCUGGGCUAGAAUGAUGAAAAUUCACGAGUGUUUGCCAUUGGAAGCCCCCAAACCACCACCGGUGAAGAAUCCCUACAGGUUUUUCCGUGGGGAAGAAAAGAUAGAAGAGGAAGAAUGCAGCCGCCUCUCAGAGCUGGAAGAACACAUGCAAAGCACUGCUAAAGAAUUCUGUGACUGGGUUUCUGCUUUUGGGGAGAGUGACCAAAUGGACGUGCCCACGAUCCUGAAACUGUUUGAAACUAGUUAUGAAUAUCCAAAAGGCUACAACGUCCUCCACUUGAUGGAAAUGAAUCAGCUGCCCCUGGACCUAAAGCAGGGUGUGGGGCUAACAACACUGGAAGAGAUGCAGUAUGCCCUGGAGGGGAUGGACCACGAAAGGAGAAUGGAGAGGACCAAGAAUCCUUACAAAUCAGACUGGGUAAAGUUCAGGUAUGGGGCCUGGUAUCUGCACACCAAGUUAUGGAAGAAGCAAAGAGCAAAUGAGCCUUUACUGGAUCCUAAAAUGGAAGCUUCUUUCAAAUAUGAAAAGUUGAAAAAGAAUCUUCUAGAAAAGGAUGCAACACUCAUGGACCUUCAUGGAACUGUUGCUUUCAAAGAAUUUAUUGAAAGAAAAGGUUACAGGAUGCCUACUUUCCUCUCAAGACUGUUUGCCAAGAAGGAAGACAAAAGCCCCCCGGAGAGCAGUCACAAGGCCUCCCUGAAGCCGCUGCAGCUGCAGCUGAAGCCAAAGGUGAAUUAGAGACUCAAGAGGGAGAGUUAGCCAGAAGGAAGGCAUAGGAAGCAGAAGGAUUUUUCUUCUCCCCCUUUUUCGCUCUCCUUCUUUGUUUUGAAAAUCAUUAAAUAAACUUGGUCAUUAGCACACCCAUUAGAGGUUGUUAUCCAGCUUUUACUUGGCAAUGUGAAAAGUAACUGUUACUGCAGAGAACAUAUUCCAUAGACAACAGUGGAAUGACUAUGACCUGGGUUCGAAUUCCUCUUCAGUUGCUUACUGGCUGUGUGACCUUCAUAGAGGUGGUGAGGUGAUGCCAUAGAGUCUUGGACUCUGGGUCAAGAAGACCUAAGUUCAAGGGCUGCCUCUUGGGGCAGCUAGGUGGUGCAGUGGAUAGAGCACUGGCCUU